GUCUCUUGUGGACGGCAGUUCUGUAAGAUGGCAGCUUCCGAACCUUUAGGCGAGGAGUAUCCGACCGAAAUUCACGAGUAUCUGGUGGCCUUUGAAGAAUCUGUGAAAUGUGCUGAUGGGGUGUUGAAAAGCCUGAUGUCCGCUCCCAGGAGUGAGCUGCUCCAGAAGUUGGACCCUCUCGAGCAAGCCAAGCUGGAUUUAGCCUCUGCCUAUGCAUUGAAUUCUCUGUUUUGGAUAUAUCUUGUCACACAAGGAAUUAAUCCCAAAGAACAUGCUGUCAAACAAGAAUUGGAGCGGAUAAGAACUUAUAUGAAUAAAGUCAAAGAAAUAACUGACCGAAAGAAGGCGGCAAAGCUGGAUAAAGGUGUGGCAUCUCGAAUUGUCCGAAAUGCAUUAUGGGAAGCAAAAUCUGAAGGAAAGUCAAAAACAACAUCACAAUCUUCACAUCAUUGAAAUGCCAAAAACAAAUUCCAAGAGCAAACUACAGUGACUUUGACAAGAACUUUCUUUGACAUGCCACUGGGUGUCAGUAAUGUUUAGCUUUUUUUGUGAAAAAGGAAAAAGGCUGCACAUGGUUCACACAUCUCCCUAAUAAUCUCAAGAAAAAACAUCAUUACAUGAAUAAACAAUAUUUAUUGUUGGCAGAUGUAACACUUAUUAAUUUUUAUUAUUUUUAAAAUUCCUUUUGUAGGCAUAAAAGUCAUUUUGAAAUAAUUUGUUCUGAAUUCUAAGCUUUUUGUCUUUUUUGGGGGGAAAACGUGUUUUCUUUGUAUAAUAUAUGCUCUGUAUAUUCGAGCACUGUUUAACAGGUGGCUCUUAGUCACUUCAAUUGAUAUUUCAUUUGGGAAUGGGGGGAGAGAAAAUAAUUUCUGCCUUUAAAUAAUGCACCAAACCAUAGAUGCAUUAUUAUGCAUUAGAUGUAUAGAGUUUCACAAGAGUUUCAACUGUUAAUUCUUCAUAGAAGUUAUGGUCCUCAUAAUCCUUUAAGUACAGAAGUAAUCACGUGCCUCUUCCAGGCACUGAGUACUUUCUUGUCUAAAGGUGAAUGAGUAUAGACAAUAAAUUAAUAGAAUGAUUUGGAAGCAUUUCCAGCAUUCCAGCCUUGGUUCUGUUGCCCACAACAUCUUUAGCAAAAAUCAUUCUGUUUCAGAUUUGAAAACUUUGUUGGACAAAUAUCUUCUACUCUUCCUAUUCUUUGCUUAAAGAAAUCCUUCCUAACCCCUCCUGAAUAGCCUGCCUCUGAUUUUUUUUUUCUUGUUAUGCCCCUUUGUCUUAGACAGCCCUGCUAAUGAGAAAAAAUGUGUUAUCAAUUUUGAAAAUCAUAAAAACCUCCUUGUAUUAGUCUUCUAUAUUCUAGGGAAUAAAUAAUAGGUUCACGUAAUAUCUACUCAUUACUCUAACCCUUGGUAACAUACUGUUAAUUCAUAUCACUUUUCUCUUUCGAAGGUGCAGUGCUCCAGAUGUCAUUUAGCUAGGGCUUUGCAUAUCUAGCAAAACUUCCUCAUAAUCGGUGGGCAAGAAUAUAAAGUCUGUCAUUUCAUUUGUCUUUUGCAUAUUGUUUUGUGCCUUUUUAUAUUUGUGUGCGUAACCUCCCAAAUCUCAUUGGAGAAAUUGUUCUUCUUAUAAGCUGGUUAAUUUAAUUUGUACACCAGGUCACGGCAAAUCGCAUUUCCAUCUCUUUACCUCUUAGGCACAUCUAUGAAUUGUAUUGCAAGUUUGCACUAAAUCUUAUCCUUGAUAGGGAGAUACUAAGUGUCAGUUUCCCUUGGUUAGGCUUUAGGCCUAGGGGAUCAUAGUAGCACAGAUGGUCAGCCACCUAGUUUGGGGGGUGGGGUGAGGGGAAAAAAUCAUCUUAUUCCUACUUGAGUACUUCUCUGGGCAUCGGACCUCAAGGGUUGACUGAGUUUAGAAGAGCAGUACUAUGUUACCAUAUGGGGCACAGAUAAGGUUAAUGGUCACAGUCUUUUUAUCAGGGUAGAGGAGUCUGAAACUAGAGAGAAUAGGGUUAAGGUGAGGGGGAAAGAUAUAGAGGGGACCUGAGGGGCAAGUUUUCAUGCUGAAGGUGGGUAUUUGGAAUGAGCUGCCAGUGUAAGUGGUAGAGAUGGUUACAUUUACAACUUUUAAAUGAUAUUUGGACAGGUACAUGGAUAGGGGCCAAAUGCAGUCAAUUGGGAUGAGUAGGUAAAUUGGUUAGCAUAGACAAAUUGGGCUGAAGGGCCUGUUUCCAUGCUGUAUCACUCUGACUAAAUUUGACUCUGGUCCUUGCGGACCCAGCUUUAGAAUACUUCAAAUCCUCUGCAUGGUGAACUGUUACUACUCAGUUAAGUUUAAUCAGCAACUGGGCUAUCCCAACCUUUGGGCUUGGGAGGGCCUUUUUCAGGUUGGGGUAAAAGAUCAGGCUGGUAUUAUUGCUAGCUCUUCUGUCCUUGCAGUUUGUCAGCAUACAACCUGCUAUGAUAUCAAACUGCAUACAUUGUUGGUUUGAUGCCACUUGAGCAAAAUUCUGUUAAGUACUGAACCCAUCUUUCUCCAGAUGGGUGCCUUUAUGCUGAUUACUGCUCAUAUUACCCCCAAUCAUUUGCCUAAGCUCUCUACUUUAAUCCCCUCUGUUUUCUCACUCUCUCAAUUAUUUUCCCCCUCAUGCAAUCCUUUCAAGAUCAGUUUUUCUUUGAUCUCUGUUGUAGUGGGAGAUUGCAGAGGAAGGGCCUACUAUUUUACCAAACAUGGUCCCUUGUAGACAUGAGUAUGAAUUACAGCAUGCAGCUGGGAAGCUAAAUUCCGGUAGUCAUCACUUAGGAAUAUUUGACUCUCUUCCAUUGCUCAGCAGAAAAUUUACAAGUCCUGGCAAUGUAUGUCAUUGUUAUGUGCAUGAAAGAUAAAGUAAAAUGUUUCCUAAUUCUGUCACACUUCUUCCAGCAGUAAUGGUCAGUAUACAGUUAACUCCAACAUUCAACAGACUGAAAUGUCAUCAAUUUGUUUGUUAUUUCAAUGGGUUAUCAUCAUCAAAACAUAGAGCAAGUUCAAUGCUAAAUAUAAAAUCAAAUUUGGUGCUCUGACGAGUAGAAUUCUUUUGUGAACCUAAGGUUUGUGCAAAUCCAUUGUGUGGGGUAGUUUAGCAUUGCUGUUAUUUGUAUGUGGUUUCAAUAGGAAUGUGUUGCAUGGGGUUUUCGCAUGUACAGGACUUGCACGGACAAUUUGAGGGGCAGUGAAGAAAAUGAUAGAGGGGGAGGGAAGGGUGGUUAAAAAGAAAAUCCACAUAAAUCAAGUGCAUUUGCUGGGGAAUGUUAAUGAUAUCUUGUCAUACACCAUUUCCUUUCAGCAGAUAAGGUGAAUGCUUUGGAAAUGCUCAUGGCAUUCAGUGACCCUUUUGUAGCCUACGCUUGAUCAAUGGGGGUGCUUUCAGUGACAGUGAUGGAAGCACACUGUGGGCUAAAGUAAACUCUGUGAUAAGAUGAACGACAACAAUGUUUAAAGAAUGUGGAAAGAACAUGCUCUUUUAAAAAGCUAAAGGCAACGCAUGCUGCUCCCAAACCCAAGAUGUAACCCUUUUGGUCCUGUGAAAUUCAUGGAGUUCCAUUUAUCACCAUUGGAAUAUCUCCAAACCUAGUAUUGGUUGCUUAAACUAUGAGUUCAGGUCUUUGAAAUUUGUAAUAUCCCACUAAAGAUAGCUCAGGAUUAGUAAGUAACUGCUCAGCCCAAAAAAAAACUUGAGGAUUUAAGACAUUAAUUUCUCUAAUCCUUAGUGGUGGAAUUAAGGUGAUUGGAUUCUUAUUUAAUAGUCUUAAAAUAGUUAAGGUAAAACUUUUAAAAGUAUUGUUACUGUCUGCACCAUACACCCGUACUUUAUUAUGACACAUUAGUCCCAUUUCCCCCUUCCCUGUAUCCAUGCAAUUUCUUCUCUCUCAUGCUCAUGAACUCCCCUUUGAUUCUUUUGCCACUGAUCUACAGUUGUGGGUAAUUUAAAGUAGCCGACUAACCUACCAGCAUGUUGUAUAGAUAUGGGAGGAAACUGGAUUGCUUGUUGGACGCCUACAUGGUCAUGUGGAGACGUGCAAACUCCACAGACAGCACCCAAGGACAGAACCCGGUCCCUGGAGCUAUGUGACAGAGUUGCAUUAAAGCAGAAGAAAAUCAAGGAGUCCUAAACGGCGUCAAUACCAGAUAAACAAAAUUUAUUUAUGGUAAUUAAAUGACAAUAAUGUGAUAUAAGGAAUGAAGUUGGGCCUACCCUUAAGUAUUAAAACUAACGAUGUUCCAUUUUUUCUUUUAGUGCAUUGUGAGGCAAUAUUUGUAAGGGAUGGAAACAGGAUUAGGCAGGUAAAUAAAAAUUGAGCAGACCACCAUCUUGUGAUUGAUGCUGGAUGUGCUAAUUUGUGGAGAUCAAGGAGAAGACAAAUCUGUAUUCACACACAGACCUCAACGUUACUACCUAAACGUAAAGAAUAUAACUUCUGUAGCCCCUUUCCUUGCCUCAUGGUGUUUUGGAGCACUUUACAACCAAUGAGGUAUGGUCAUUGAUGUAGGGAAAUUUGGCAGCCAAUUUGAACAUGGUAAGUUUUUGCUGAGACUUGGAGAGAAUCUUUGCUGGUUGUAUUGCCUGGGGAAUUGUAUGAUUUGUCCUGAUACCAAGUGGGCUAAGUGAUUAGCUUGUGAUGUUUCUUCAUGAGAAGCAGCUGAAUCCAAGUCAUAGAGCAGAUAUGCUUAGCACUGUGCAUUAUCUUUGGGAGGAGUGGUUGGCUCCUUGGACAUGAUGUAGCUUGUACUGAAUGGAAUCAUUCAGUUGGCAAUGACUCAUGCAUACACAGAGGCCACUUUGAGAGCUACUGGAGCAUAGCUUAUUGCUACAGAACAAUAACAAUGAAACAGUAUCUUUCGGAAGGUAGAGAAAUGUUAAGCACCUUCAAUGAGUGGGCUAAUGAACAAAAGGUGGAGGAAGAGGAAUAAGAUCUCAUAGCUGAGAUCAAAUCUGGUGCACAGUUGCAAAUACUUUGGAUGCUGCUACCUCCUGUAGUUUUCAAAUCUAUUCUACAAUCUUCUGUCAUUUUCUGUAUUUGUUUUUACAAUUGUGUGUAUUAGUGAGGGCUGUUCAGUGUAGAAACUUGAAUAAGGCAGACUGUGUGAAAUACAUGGCUGAUAUAUCUUGCCUGCUGUGUAAAAAUAAUAUAGUGUAUUAUCUGGAUGGCAUUGAAAUGUAUUUUUGUAUCUUGCUGAAUCAAUUGCAGAUAUCAUACUUAGCCUCAUAAUCAAUGCAAAUAAGUAAUUUAAUAUUGGGAAAGAAGUUUCAUUGUAAUAGGGUAUUGUAGAAGCAAACAACUGUGAAGGAGGCAGUUCGGCUCAUGCUGCCACAGUCAAUGUACCUCAAUAAUCUCCUUAUGUGCUAGGACCCUGCAAUUUUUUUUCCACUCAAGUAUUCAUCCAAUUCUGUUUCGAAAGUUACUAUUGAAUAUGCUUUCAUUGCCCUUUUAAGCAGUUCAUUCCUCAUGGUGACAACCUGUUGUGUUUGAAAUAAAAUUGUCAUAUCUU